UAGAUAGGCCGCGGCGGGACGGAUGUGGGGCGGUAGGGUCGGGGCCUUGCUGCGGGUACGGAGGUUGCAGCCAGCAGGGGUAUCCGGAAGGACACUGCUAAGCUGUAAUGCUGUCUCGCAGGCAGGAAGCAGUUCGCCGCGGUGUUGGAACUGCGGGGGGUCAGGGGGUGCUGGGCGGGAGGACGGGUUCUUCUGCCCGCGGUGCCGCGCGCUGCAGCCCCCCGACCCUACUCGAGACUACUUCAGCCUUAUGGAUUGCAACCGAUCCUUCAGGGUUGACACCACGAAGCUCCAGCACAGGUUCCAGCAGCUACAGCGUCUUGUCCACCCAGAUUUCUUCAGCCAGCGGUCUAAGACCGAAAAGGACUUCUCAGAGGAGCAUUCAACCCUAGUGAAUGAUGCCUAUAAGACUCUUCUGGCCCCCCUGAACAGAGGACUAUACCUUCUAAAGCUCCACGGGAUAGAGAUUCCUGAAGGAACAGAUCAUGAAAUAGACCGUCAGUUCCUCACCGAAAUCAUGGAAUUCAAUGAGAGACUCGCAGAGGCUCAAAGCAAAGAUGCUGUGGAAGAGAUUGAAUCCACUGUCAGAGCCAGACAGAAAGAAUUGAUUGACAGUGCAAGCCAAGCUUUUGAACAAGAUGACUUUGAAAAAGCCAAGGAAAUUUUAACAAAAAUGAGAUACUUUUCAAAUGUAGAAGCAAAGAUCAAGCUAAAGAAAACGCCCCUCUAGUUGCUAACUUAACGUUUACAAAUAAAUUUCCUAUCUCUCUUCUGACUUCUGAUUAAGAAUAGAUAAACUAUAGCCAUUGAUAUUUCACUUCCGCCUGUGGCCUUUCAGGACACUGAGCCACACAGUUCCUGUGCUCAGUUCUGCACGUGACAUUUGACACAACAUGCCACCGCCGAGGCCACUGGACGGGGAGUGGGAAUGGAGGGGGCUGAAAACUGUCCGCAAUGGUCUCACGGAAUAUUUUAGGCUUGUGAGCUUGAGGCCAUAUGUGGCCUCUGUUGUAGCUACUAUGGGGACUCUGUCAUUGUAGCACAGAGGCAGCCAUGGACACUGUUGAACAAAGGGAUAAUCUGAUCUCAUUUACAAAAAAAGGGGAGGAUACGGUCCAGUGGUACAGCCUUGCCUAGCAUGUGCAAGGCCCUCAGUUCGAUCUCCAUCACCACCCAAAAAGAAAAGAGCAGGACAGAAACAAAGCUGUAUUUACAAAACAGACAGUAGGCCGGAUGUAGUCAGGUUUGCCUUCCUGCUAAUGACCUUCACUAAAAUAGUUUGUUACCGUGGCCUUGGGGCAGUUGUUAGGAAUGUCUUCCCGCCUGUAGAUAACAGUAUCAAGAGUUAGGCUGGAAUUAAAGACUGAUCCUAUUUCCCCUCCCUGAUGGGGUGGAGCAGUUUUAAUGACUCCCUGGACAGUUGACACGCUCUGGUCACUGUUUCACACUUUAAUUCAGAUCCACCUCCCCUUCUGCAUCUUUGGAAAUUCAGCUUAAGUUCUUCAUCCAUUUCCAGGAAAAGAAAAGGGUUUUGUUUUUUGUUUUUUUUUAAGUCUCUGCAUCUGGAAAGAUUAAAAUAUUAAACACAAAAUUCUGGUUAAGCAAUUCCAUGAAACAGCAUUCCAGUUCCUCUGGAGAGAAUCACUUGGGGUUUUUUUCAUGGUUUUGAUUUUUUUGAGAGGGUCUCACUCUGUAGCCCAGACUGGCCUCAAACUCAAAAUGCUCCUGCCUUGGUCUCCCAAGUGCUGGGAUUACGGGUGUGCUCUAUAACGCCUAGCAGAGAAUCACUUGCUAAUUGAAAAAGUCAGAGCCCA